UCACACUAUGUACUGAUAAACCUGGUGUCGUUUGUCACCAAUUGCAUCAAUUAGAGGUAAUUUAUUGUCGCUUCAAAUGCCGAUUGAGUGAAAGGCAAUCAUCCAUUUGAAAGAGCUGUGAUUUUUUUGACAGGAAUAAUCCAUCGGGUGAGCAAAUAUUUAACGAUGACUUUGUUUCGAUUGCUCUCCGUUACGGGUUUUUGUUUUUCGGCACUAAUGGUAAACGCGCAAUUGGGAAUUCUCAAUAAUUAUGUUUGUACGGAUGAUUUUUGUGACACUUAUCUCGAAAAUGAGCCAUGCGAGGUAUUGAAGUCUCCAUGCAAGGUACAAAAUGCAACUCACAAUGGAAUCAUCAUGCCAUCGAUUAGUCCCUGCUCGUGUUGUCAGAUGUGUAUUGAAAACCUGAAGUUGGGAGAUGAUUGUUCCGUUGGAGGACUGGGAUCACCGGUGCCAACCGGAAUCUGUGGACCCGGACUGUACUGUAUGGUAGUCGAAGGAGAGGAACAUCCGACGUGCCAGCCAAUGAAUGACUCAAGCGAGUGCUAUAAGGCGCAAAACGAGUUUGAUCAGCAACGACAAGACGGUACCAUUGGGCAUUUGAUGCAGAUACCGGAAUGCGAUGCGGAUGGAUAUUUUGAGCCAGUUGUUUGUAUUCCAGGACAAACCUGUUACUGCAUCGAUGAAGAUGGGAACCGGAUUUUCGGGGAUGCUGUCCACACUGCAAGCAUUCAGAUAUCGAUGAGAUGCGAGUGCUCUCGUCUUGCUGCCAAAGCUCAAAAGCUGCUGAACUCACGCUACCCGAUACUUACUUCGCGUUGCGAUUCCAAAGGUUCGUUCGAUCAAUUACAAUGUGUGGAUGACAUCUGUACCUGCGUUGAUAUGCAUAGCGGUGAACCAACGUCGGACAGGAAGAACAUAACCCGAGGACUAGCAGGACUUCCCUGUUUCAAUAAACGUCUACACGACAAUUCGACCUUCCUUAGGGAGUGUGAGCUCAUGAAACUAAAUCAACUUAAAGAGAUUCACGAUUACGAAAUUCUUGGAUUCAAUGUAUUGGAAUUCGAUACGGAUAUCUGCGAACCGGAUGGGUGGUUCAACAGGAUUCAAGUGAAUGACACACAUAAAUAUUGCACAAAUAAGGACGGCAGUGUCCUGGAACCAUAUGUAGUAAGUAGAAGCUCAACAGAUGGGGAAAAAAUGAACUGCAAAUGUGCCAGAGCCAGGCAGCUGCUCAUGGACAGCAACAGUUUGGAACUUCCGGAGUGUUGUCCCAAUGGAAGCUACCGGCCACUAGCUUGUCGAAGAGGGCAGUGUUAUUGCGUUGAUGAAGACGGAAAUCAGCUGGGGAUUGAAAAACCCGCCAAGCAUAAGGAUCAGCUGGAAUGUUUCGAUGCGGAAGACAUUUGCGCUAACGCAUGAUGCCACUGCGAUGAAACACGUUGCAGUCAAUAACAAAUGUAACAAUGGUUCAAUUAAGACAAUACAGUUAUUAAUUGGUUUAUUAACAUGAUAAUUGUUGCAGAGUAGUGAUGGAAUCUUUUAAAUUACGGCAAG